AUGGCCUCCUCUCCUAGUGGUGAUGUCGCAUCGCCCGCUUUCAAUGGGCCCAUGCCACUCCAUGAUGUGGUUCCUGUGCUUAUUAUAGGCGCCGGACCGAUCGGUCUAUUGUCAGCUGUUCUUCUGAACAAAUUAGGAGUCAAGUCGCUCAUAGUUGAAAAAUACCCUCAGCGACUCACAGCGCCGAAAGCACACGCUCUUGGCCCUCGAGCUCUAGAGAUCUUGAGACAGGCUGGAGUUGACAUCCCGAGCCUGAGGCAGCGAGGUACAAAGAGAUCGGAGGGACGCACGGUGAGCGUUGUGACCAGCCUGGCAGGGCAGGAGCUACGACAGUAUCCCUACGAGAGGAGCGACGCGGGUGCUUUGGACGUGACACCGGAGUUACUGCACAACGUAGCGCAGCCGAUGACUGAGCAACACUUACUUGAGCACCUGGGAGGCCAGGUCGAGAUCAGGAAGGGCCAUGAGCUGGUGAGCUGCGUCCAAAGCCCGGCCGUUGUGGACGUGACGAUUCAAGAACGUGCAACCAGCAAACAGUACAUUGUGAGGGCAAAUCAUGUGGUUGCAUGUGAUGGUGCGCGAAGCAAGAUGCGGCAGCUGCUAGGCAUUGAGUGUGAUGAACAGAGCACACCACAAAUGCUCAUGACCAUCGAGAUCAGCGCUGAUCUCACAGACCUCGUCAAGCAUAGACGCAGGAUAUUGUACAACAUCCUGGACCCUGAAGCACACGGGGUGCUGAUCGGGUACGAUUUAUCAAAGAAGCAGGUUCUCAUCCACGGUUUUGAUGUCAACACACAUCCCAUCAGCACGUGGGACGAAGAGCAAUGUCGUAAGCUCGUCGAGAUCGCAAUCGGACAAAAGGUACCGUUCACGAUCGACAGUUUCCGACCCUGGGCUCUGCAAAGCAGAAUCGCAUACACAUACAGCAAGGGGAACUGCUUUUUGGUGGGUGAUGCUGCACAUUCCUUCCCCCUAGCGCUGGCAUCGGGCUAA